AGGCUUGACCGGACAUCUCACGUUUCGUCGUGUCUAACUUAAAUUUCCGUAGUGAGAUGGCCGUGCAACCUCUGCUGGUUCCUGUGAAGUCGAAACGGGUUCUGUGGGGAGAGACAGCAGGAGGCGAGAAAACGCACCGCAGUCCCCUUCGACCUCCAUUUUAGAAAUAAAAUAACGCCCUGGACUAGUUGGAGCUGUAGCUGUGUGGCUGGGCAGCCUGGCUGCCUCUUUGCCUCCACAUGAAUGAAGAGCACUCCAGGGCACAGAGACACAGCUGAUACAGGACAUGCAGGUGUUUCUGCAAAUAUGAUGAAGAAAAAGAAUCCCCAUAAGAAACAUAAGAGCAGUCUGGGUCCGACCACUAAAGUUUUGUCGCAGCCUCGACGCAACAUCGUCGGCUGCAGAAUCCAACAUGUCUGGAAGGAAGGAGGAGGCCACGUGGUCUGGAAAGGAACAGUUCUCGACCAGGUCCCAGUAAACCCGUCUCUCUAUCUGAUAAAGUAUGAUGGUUUCGACUGCGUUUAUGGUCUGGAGCUUCAUAAAGAUGAGAGGGUUCAGGGGUUGGAGGUGCUCCCUGACAGGCUGGCUAAAUCCCGUCUGACCGAUGUGAGUCUGGCAGAUGCUAUGAUAGGUAAAGCAGUGGAACACAUGUUUGAGACAGAGGAGGGUCCAAAGGAGGAGUGGAGGGGGAUGGUGCUGGCACGUGCUCCCAUCAUGACCACCUGGUUCUACAUCACCUACGAGAAAGACCCUGUUCUCUAUAUGUACCAGUUGCUGGAUGACUAUAAAGAAGGAGACCUCCGCAUCAUGCCUGACUCCAAUGACAGUGUCCCAGCUGAAAGGGAACCUGGCGAGGUGGUGGACAGCCUGGUGGGGAAACAGGUUGAGUACGCCAAAGAGGAUGGUGGCAAACGAACAGGCAUGGUCAUCCACCAGGUGGAGGCCAAACCCUCCGUCUACUUUAUCAAGUUUGAUGACGACUUCCUCAUUUAUGUCUACGACCUGGUCAAAACUUCAUAAAACUUUGCUGAUGUCCUGAGACCCCAAGACACAAACAAAAUGCCACACAUGUCAAAACAUCUGAAGUAUUUGAUCCGGCGCUAUUUCCUUGGACCAUCAAGACUGAAACAAAAACUAGAAACAAGAAUUGUUGCUCUGGAAGAACACAGGAUAGAUACUUCUUGAGAAUGGGCUUAAUGAAGUUCAAGUCUUGUCUAUGAAUGUCUUAGACUCUUAACAGAAGAAAUAAAUUGGCUGUGGUUUUGUUACCCUUACAAGAACCUAAACUUUUUGAAGCCCCUUAAUACCUUUCUGAAAAAAGAAAAGGUGUCCCGUUACUCUAGAAAAAGAUUUUGAAAUGAUGAAACUUUAUGAAUUUUGAAUCAAGACAGGCUUUUUAGAAUGUCACAUUCUAAACAAAAAUUGGUGACCCCUUAAAAUCCUUUAAUGAUUUCCCAAGAUCACCUGGCACCAGUGAGCAUGUCAUUGAGAAGUGGGGUAGUAGCCAAGUCCUUUGUGCUAAAAAACAAGGAACCGAGAUGAGGAUGUAUCACUGGAAACAUUUCUGGAGUUGCUGGCAGCAUGGAAAUAUGGACCAGACUGACAGUCUUGUUUCCCCCUUCAGCUAACAAAUCAGGCCACUGAAAAACAAGCGGUCUCCCGCUGAAGAAUCAAAGUCUGGAGGCAGUCGGUGGAAGGGGCUUCAGAAAGAAAGACUAGAAGAAGAUGGGUCCUGAGCCAGAAAAACAAGCCCUUCUGUCACAAUGGGAGUGUUUGUUUUAGAGGCUCUUUAUGAUGGGAGCAAAACAUAGCAUCGCAGUGUAGUGGAUGAAUCUGCAAUCCUUCUCAUCUGUCACAUCCAGUAAGGACUGGCAUCACAAGCAUACGGAGGCUCGUUUCUGCCAGGAAAAUAAAAACAAACUGACGGAAAAUUAGACAUGGAAAAAAAAAGCUCAUGGCAACAUAAAACGAUAAAAGUAAUAAUUAUAACUUUCUACUUUAAAAUGAUCAGAUAGUAAGUUAAAGCAGUGAAAUGUCAGAAUUAUGAGAUGUUAAGUCCAAAGAAUGUUGAUCAUGUUUUUAUUUUUUAGUUAACUCAAGAAUUUAAAAAAUUAGAAUGUUGUUAUAAAAUUAUAAGCAAGCAGAAUUUGUCAUUGUGAUUUUUGUCUUUAAAAAAUGCAUACUAUCAUUCAAUUCAACGAUAAAGCGUGUCCAAGCUUUGGACUGGUAGUGUAAUAUUGACAUAAAUUAAAUAACUUUAAAUUAAUAUAUAAGAAUUCUGACAAAGUAAGCCAACGCUUUUUACUUGUCAUAAUGCUAGCUUAGCAAAAGUCCCAAUUUAGCAUUAUUAUGUCAAAUGUUUUACUUCUGUUAUAAUUUUGGCUUUAAUUUUUU